AUGCCGCUACGCGGGGGGGUGGGGCGCGGGGGUGGUCUUUGCAUGCGCGCAAUGGACGCGGCGGUUUCGGGUGGGGGGGGGGGGGAGCGGCCGGUCGAAAAAAAAAAGAUUGUUAAAAAGGCAUGGCCCCCGCCGCGGCGUGUGUGCGUGCGGGUAAAAAAGCGCUCACUAAUCGAUACUAUAGAUUCCGGCAAGUACUGCGCGGGUACCACGAUUGGUCGGCCGUUUCGGCAGCAGCGGUGCUUUUUGUUUCCUUUGCCGCCCCUAUGGUUUGGAGCGGGCUUUUCCGGGCUCCGUGCGUGGCACCUCUGCCUCGGCCACUCGAGGAUUAAGCACGCUCGUUCGCACUCAACUUUGUCCGGGCACGGUGCUCCGGGCACUGUUCAGAGGCGCCGAGUGCGGGCCCGCUACGGUCAGCCGCGAAACGAACUUUCUGGAGCCGCGCGCGCGAAAAUAGAAGGUGAGACGGUACAUAUGCCCUAC